AUGGCCCCGUCCGGCCGCCCCGCCGGAGCGCGCCUGCUGCUCGUGUGCGCUGGCCUGCUGACCACCGCCGCCGCCGGCCUCGGCCACCCGGAGCCCGGCGCGCCCGCAGGGAGCCCCGCGCGCCCGCCGCCCGGGGCCGAGCCGCCCGCCCGCCCGGGCACGCCCGAGCAGGCGCCAGGUGAGGGGGACCAACCUCCCGGGCUGGCUGUGUUCCAGGAGCCCACCACGGAGCCAGCGCACAGUGUCGACCCCAGGGAUGCCUGGAUGCUCUUUGUCAGGCAGAGUGACAAGGGUAUCAAUGGUAAGAGGAGGAGCAAGGGCAAGGCCAGGAGGCCGAAGCUUGGCCUGCCAGGGCCCCGAGGACCACCUGGCCCCCAGGGCCCCCCAGGGCCCCUCAUCCUACCCGAGACACUGCUGAAGGAGUUCCAGCUGCUGCUGAAAGGUGCAGUGCAGCAGCAUGAACGCACGAAGCCUGAGCCCUGCAUUCGGUGUUUGGCUGAGACCAGGGGCUCAAGCCCCGCCCCCGGCUCCAUUGAGGAUGAGGCGGCGGCCRGGGACAUGCUGGCGCUGCUGGCUGCGCCCCUGGCUCCAGGCCCACUGGCUAGGCGUGUGGAGGCGGCCUUCCUCUGCCGCCUGCGCAGGGACGCACCUGUGGAGCGCCGCACACUGCACGAGCUCGGCAUCUACUACGUGCCUGACUCCGAGGGUGCCUUCCGCCGCGGCCUGGGCCUGAACCUGACCAGCGGCCAAUACACGGCGCCCGUGGCUGGCUUCUACCUUCUGGCUGCCACACUGCACGUGGCACUCGCUGAGCAGCCAAGGCACGGGCCUCUGCGCCCCCGGGACCGCUUGCGCCUGCUCAUCUGCAUCCAGUCUCGCUGCCAGCACAACGUCUCCCUGGAGGCUGUCGUGGGCCUGGAGAGCAGCAGUGAGCUUCUCACCAUCUCAGUGAACGGGGUCCUGUAUCUGCAGGCGGGGCAGUAUGCGUCUGUCUUCCUGGACAACGCCAGCGGCUCCUCCCUCACGGUGCGGGGGGGCUCCCACUUCAGUGCUGUCCUCCUGGGUGUGUGA